AUAAAACAAAUAUGAAAUAACUUCAAGUAUCAGUUUUUUCAAAUAAAAAAAAAACUUCAAGUAUCAGUUCAGGUUUGAAUCUUAUAAGACCAACUAAUGAUGAUAAAACUAAUUUCUAAUUAUUUCAAAUUAAUUUGAAUUGAAAAAGUAUCCAGUUUUAUUUCAAACUGUUUAGUACCACCACUAAGUAUUUACUAUUUAGUGUUUCCAUCAGAGAAAACUAUCUGUUUGGUAAAUAUUUAAGCAUAUGGUUAUACAAGUCAAAAUAUCUACCAUGGAGUCCUAGACCGCCCACAUCCAUCUAAGCCUUUUAGAAUGUUAACUUUUUGUCAACCUAUUUGUUGAACCAAACGCACAACGUUAAGAUGCUCAUGUACAUGCCUAAUAAGAGAAGUUCUAAUAGGGGUUCUCAAAUAAAGUAUUUUAGGUAUAUGCAUCUUUUUUUUUUUAUUAAGAGGUUCUCUUGAUUUUGAAAACCCCAAAUAAUAUUUGAUUAAAAUGUUUUUUUAAUGUUUUGAGAACUCCUAUUGGAAUGGUGUUUUUUUUUUGAAAACACCAGCGACCUGCCGGAAUCGAACCAGCGACCUAAAGAUUAUCUGCAACGACUACAAUCUUCCGCUCUACCAACUGAGCUAAGGUCGGAUACAUUAGUGGUGUUUUUUACAUAGUCUCUUACCAAAAUAUUAAUAAAGUAUAAGUGAGAUUAAGAGAAAAUAAGAAACCGAUGUGGGGAAAAAAUGUUGCAUACAUGGAAAGAGAUCAGUUAUGCAGGUGUCCUUUUCCUAUUAGUAUAACUAUGUUUUAGUUAAAAAUAUUUAAGCAUAUAAAUAUAUUGUUUAAAAAUAUUAAUAUAUAAAAAGAUAUUAAUAUAAAUGUAUAAAGAAUUGUGAUAGAGAAACUUCACCCAUGCUGAUGUUCUAAAACCAUGAGAUUGGGGUUCUUAGCUUUUUUUUUUUAGAUUUUAACUAAAUAAAAGAUAUAAAAGUUGUUUCUUAACCGAAAAGUGUAAAAAAAUGUCAAAUCAUGAGUUAAGAACACCGGUUAAACUAGCUAAAAAACCAGGAUUAAUCAUGUCCUAUUCUGGAAAAUUUAGAAAAUUUUGUCAAAUGUGCGAUUAAUAGUUUUCUAGAAAGUAAAAAAGUAAACUCUAGUAAUUGUGGACUGUAGAUGUAUGUAUGUACAUAACCUAGAAAUUUGUCCAAAUCUGUAAAAUAAAGCUGGGCGGCGCCUCCUGCCACAUAUACAUUCCAUCAGAAUAGAAGAGCAGGAGUCACAGGGAGUAACUAAAUUCAUUAUUGCCAUGACCAUACUGAAAACAAUGAAAUUAAGGUUUUGAAUUUAAUACUUGUCUUGUGUAUAUGAUUACGACGUGACGUAUUUCAAACGAUACUGAGGAAAUAUUCUUGCGUGUCUAUCUUUUUGAUAGUGUAUUGGAAGUUUGGAACGCAAGACCAAACGAAAUGGCAGUAAAAAGAACAGUAACACUUCAAAAUAGAAAUUGAAAAAUGAAAAAGUAAAAGUGAGAAGUGGUGGUUGUCUGGUAUUAAGGGUACUCACUUCUCUCUUUUUCAACACAACCCGACACACAUGUCUUCUCUUAUUUUUCACACACACAUUUCUAUUCUAUUAAUUCCCUAAAUUAAAAUUAAAUAAAAAAGCACACCCACCCAUAAACUAAAGCUUUUUCUCUUUCUUUCUCUUCCCACUACAAAUUGUUAUAUAGAAGUUUCACAAAUCUUUGACUCUUCACGUUGUCGAUCUAUAUAUCUAGAGAGAGAGAGAGAGAGAAAGAGUGAGGAAGAAAGUGGUUGAACGGUAGCAGAGUCUAAAGUUUGAAUUGUCUAGUUCGCAUUGUGAAGCAUGCUUCAUCAGUUUUUCCGAAGGAAGUUACUCAUCCAUUGUCUAUAGAGAGAAAGAGAAUAAGAUCGAGAAAGAAAAAGAAAAAGAAAAACAGGAAUUCAGAACUUUUAGAGAGAGAAAAAUUUGUAGGGUUUUUAAGAAUUCACGGCAAGGACAAGAAACUGCAAUAUCCUUCUUUUCUUCCAGAAUCGGCUUGAUCAGAAACAAUCUACGGAUCUAUUAUUGCUCGAGUCUUGAGGCCAUGCUUAUAAUAAGAGACAUGAUCAUAACAAAAAAAAAAAAAGAGAGCUAGCCAUGAUCAUAAGAAGCACCUAAUAUCCACCAUUUUUAGUUUUGUAAAGUAAUAAAAAGAAAAAUCCAAAGAGGAUCAAAGAUGGGAGGAGGGAGCAAUAAUAGUCACAAUAUUGACAACGGGAAGUACGUGAGGUACACUCCUGAACAAGUAGAAGCUCUGGAGAGACUCUACAAUGACUGUCCUAAACCGAGCUCUAUGCGUCGCCAACAGCUAAUACGUGAAUGUCCUAUCCUCUCCAACAUUGAACCUAAACAGAUCAAAGUCUGGUUUCAGAACCGCAGGUGUAGAGAGAAGCAGCGGAAAGAAGCGUCGCGGCUUCAAGCUGUGAAUAGGAAGCUAACGGCGAUGAACAAGCUUUUGAUGGAAGAGAAUGAUAGGUUGCAAAAGCAAGUGUCUCACUUGGUUUAUGAGAACAGCUAUUUUCGCCAACAUCCUCAAAACGGAAACUUGGCAACCACGGAUACUAGCUGUGAGUCAGUGGUGACAAGUGGUCAGCACCACUUGACCCCUCAACAUCAGCCUCGCGAUGCUAGUCCCGCUGGACUAUUGUCCAUUGCGGAUGAAACUUUAACGGAGUUCAUUUCAAAGGCCACUGGAACCGCUGUCGAGUGGGUCCAAAUGCCUGGGAUGAAGCCUGGUCCGGAUUCCAUUGGAAUCGUUGCUAUUUCUCAUGGAUGCACGGGAAUAGCUGCUCGUGCUUGUGGCCUCGUGGGUCUUGAUCCCACAAGAGUCGCAGAGAUCCUGAAAGAUCGGCCUUGUUGGUUGCGUGAUUGCAGAUCUCUUGACAUCGUUAACGUCCUCUCCACUGCAAAUGGUGGAACCCUAGAACUAAUCUACAUGCAGAUGUAUGCACCCACAACAUUGGCACCAGCUCGUGAUUUCUGGAUGCUACGUUACACGUCUGUAAUGGAAGAUGGGAGUCUUGUGAUAUGUGAACGGUCGUUGAACAAUACACAAAACGGGCCGAGUAUGCCUCCAUCUCCUCAUUUCGUUAGAGCAGAGAUAUUACCAAGUGGCUACCUCAUUAGACCCUGUGAAGGAGGUGGAUCUAUUCUCCACAUUGUUGAUCAUUUUGAUCUUGAGCCAUGGAGUGUACCAGAAGUUCUUCGCUCUCUUUAUGAGUCUUCAACGUUACUAGCCCAAAGAACAACCAUGGCGGCCCUACGCUACUUGAGACAAAUAUCUCAAGAGAUUUCGCAGCCUAACGUAUCCGGUUGGGGACGAAGACCAGCGGCUCUUAGAGCACUUAGCCAAAGACUCAGCAAAGGAUUCAAUGAAGCAGUCAAUGGCUUUAGUGAUGAAGGCUGGUCGAUGCUAGAGAGCGAUGGUAUCGAUGAUGUUACUCUUCUUGUGAACUCCUCUCCUACUAAGAUGAUGAUGACUUCAAGUCUCCCAUUUUCAAAUGGCUUCACUUCUAUGCCUAGUGCGGUUUUAUGUGCUAAAGCUUCCAUGUUAUUACAAAAUGUUCCACCCUCGAUUCUUCUGCGAUUCUUGAGGGAACAUAGGCAAGAAUGGGCAGAUAAUAGCAUCGAUGCGUAUUCGGCUGCAGCCAUCAAAGCAGGGCCUUGUAGCUUACCAAUCCAUCGCCCAGGGAGCUUUGGUGGUCAAGUCAUUCUUCCUCUAGCUCACACUAUAGAGAAUGAAGAGUUCAUGGAAGUGAUUAAGCUUGAGAGCUUGGGGCAUUACCAAGAAGAUAUGAUGAUGCCUGCGGAUGUCUUCCUUCUACAAAUGUGCAGUGGGGUGGAUGAGAACGCAGUUGAAUCUUGCGCAGAGCUCAUCUUUGCACCAAUUGAUGCCUCAUUCUCUGAUGAUGCCCCAAUCAUCCCUUCAGGAUUCCGCAUCAUUCCACUAGAUACCAAAUCAGAGGGAGUGAGUCCUAACCGAACGCUAGACCUAGCAUCGGCUCUAGACGUAGGGAGCAGAACAGCCGGAGACUCUUGUGGAAGCAGAGGAAACACAAAGUCAGUGAUGACAAUAGCAUUUCAGCUAGCUUUUGAGAUGCAUAUGCAAGAGAAUGUAGCUUCAAUGGCUAGACAAUAUGUGAGAAGUGUGAUCGCAUCGGUCCAACGAGUGGCGCUUGCUCUCUCUCCUUCUUCUCAUCAGCUAAGUGGCGGCCUGCGUCCACCACCUGCAUCACCAGAAGCUCACACACUCGCUCGUUGGAUUUCUCAUUCGUAUAGAUGUUACCUUGGCGUUGAACUACUUAAGCCUGAUGGAACCGAUCUUCUCAAGUCUCUUUGGCACCACCCUGACGCCCUCAUGUGUUGUUCACUCAAGGCCUUACCGCCAGUAUUCACAUUUGCGAACCAGGCUGGUUUAGACAUGCUGGAGACAACAUUGGUGGCACUUCAAGAUAUUACUCUCGAUAAAAUCUUCGACAACAACAACAAGAAGACAUUAUGCUCCGACUUCCCUCAGAUCAUGCAACAGGGGUUUAUGUGUAUUGAUGGAGGAAUAUGCAUGUCAAGCAUGGGAAGAGCAGUAACGUACGAAAAAGCUGUUGCAUGGAAAGUGUUAAACGACAACGAAGAUCCUCAUUGUAUCUGCUUCAUGUUCCUCAACUGGUCUUUUAUCUGAAUUUUUUUGAAGUUUUUCCUUAAUUGUCGAAAUACAGAAAAACCUUUUCUUCAGAGAUAUAUUUAUAUGUACUCUUAACUAUUUAGUUAAUUUGUAUUUAGUUAUAUAUCCGGAGAGUGACUAUCAUCUCUAGUUUCCAAAGGUUUUAUUUUCUUUUCUUGUCGUUCCAACAUUCCUGUAACAAAAUGUUUAGCAAUCUUUCAGAGAGUUCAGCAGUUUUUUUGGGGGA